GUGACCUAAACUACUUUCACCUCACACAUUCUGUGCUCUUUUUUUUCCUGCGGUCACAGUCCAGUUGAAUAGGAUAGGAUGUCUAUAGAAUAACUAGUUACUUCUGUUACACUAUAGAGACCACAAAGAAAAUAUUUCAAGGCAUUUUAUUUCCACCUCAUUCAGCAGCCUAUUACAGCAGAGAGCAGCAGACAUGAUGGACAACACGUCUCAACAUAACUUCAUCAUGCACCACCACAUGGAGCUGAGCACCCUCACCGUGUACAGUGAGAACAGCACCAACAACACCGGCGCCAGGGAGCAGAACUCUACGACCUGCUCGCUCCGCAUUCCACAGGAGCUAUUCCUGACGCUGGGCCUCAUUAGUCUGGUGGAGAACAUUUUAGUGGUGCUGGCCAUCAUCAAGAACCGCAAUCUGCACUCGCCCAUGUACUACUUCAUAUGCUGCCUGGCCGUCUCCGACAUGCUGGUCAGCGUUGCCAACGUGGUGGAGACCAUAGUCAUGUUGCUCACCGAACACGGGCUGCUAGUUGUCACACCUGAAAUGCUGCGGCACCUGGACAACGUCAUCGACAUCAUGAACUGCAGCUCGGUGGUGUCGUCGCUGUCCUUCCUGUGCACCAUCGCCGCCGAUCGAUACAUCACCAUAUUUUACGCGCUGCAUUACCACAGCAUUAUGACCACGCAGCGCGCCGUGACCAUCAUCGCGAUGGUGUGGCUGACCAGCAUCACCGCCAGCAUACUUUUUAUUGUCUACCACUCGCACACCGCCGUCAUUGUAUGCCUCGUCACCUUCUUCUGCAUCACUCUCGUCUUCACCGCUGUGCUCUACAUGCACAUGUUCAUCCUGGCGCACGUGCACUCGCGGCGCAUCAUGGCCAUCUACAAGUCUCGCCGCCAGGGCACGAGCAUGAAGGGCGCCAUCACGCUCACUAUCCUGCUAGGGGUCUUCAUCCUCUGCUGGGGACCCUUCUUCCUCCACCUUAUUCUCAUCCUCACCUGCCCCACGACCCCCUUCUGCACCUGCUUUUUCAGCUACUUCAACCUCUUUCUCAUCCUCAUCAUCUGUAACUCUCUCAUCGACCCUCUCAUCUACGCCUAUAGGAGCCAGGAGCUGCGCAAGACACUCAAGGAGCUGCUCUUCUGCUCCUGCGUCACCUUUCGAUGCGAUUCCAUACUUGAGUGUCUAUUUCCAUGGAAGUUCACGUGACUGCAGGAUUUGUUCAGGAAUAAAAGA